GGUAUCCUAGGCUAAAGCUGAGGAGAUCUUGCAGGGGUGGGAACAGGUGGCCUAGGCUGGGUGUUCCUGGGCAUCUGUGGUUACGGACAGGGGAGGAACCCAUGUGUAUGGCUGGGCACAAAAUCAUCCUCCCAGGAUGCCCCAAGCCCUCUCACCUACAAGAGUGUCACCAACACCAUGCAGAGAGCCCACCCAGUAGCUGGGGCACCCUCUGGCCGUGGAAGACCUUGGCCAAUGCUGCUUCUAGCAGGUGAGAGACUGUGGCAAAUGCGUCAUCCGUGGGGCUGCCUCUGAAGACGGUUCAGAAGCUUUGACUGGUGCAAAAUUUGGCGGCCAAGUUGCUCACCGGAGCAAGACGGUUUGAGCAUAUUGCACCAAUCCUGACCCAACUGCACUGGCUGCCAAUUACCGUAUUUUUUGCUCUAUAGGAUGCACUUUUUUCCCCUCCAAAAAUUGCGGGGAAAUGUGUGUGCGUCCUAUGGAGUGAAUGCAGGCUCCUUGGCUUCAGCGAUAGCAACGCUAAGCCUCCGAAGCGCAGAGGGAGCGCUCCGUCCACGCUCCAGAGGCUUCGCGUUGCUUUCACUGAAGCCUGGAGAGCAAGGGGCGUCGGUGCGCACUGACCCAUCUCACUCUCCAGGCUUCAGGGAUAGCCCCGUGCAGCCCCUCCGGCAGGGAGAGGCUGCAAGUGGCUAUGGCUUCUUUAGCCCCGCGUAGUGUCUCCUGGCAGGGAGAGGUUGCGUGGGGCUAAAGAGGAAGCCAAAACAGCCAGCGGGAUGGAUCCCGCUGGCUGCCUUGGCUUGUUCCAUAGCCGCGCGCAACCCCUCCAGCAGGGAGAAGCUGCAUGGGGCUAUGGCUUCUUUAGCCUGUACACUGCUAUUUGGGGCUGGGGGGGGAAUAAGAUUUUUUCCCUUGAUUUCCCCCCCUAAAAACUAGAUGCGCCCUAUGGUCCGGUGCACCCUAUGGAGCAAAAAAUACGGUAGUUUCCAGGCCCAAUUCAAAUGUAAAGGCUCAGGGCCUCAAUCCCUCAAGAACUGCCUCUCCCCAUAUGAACUGACCAUCCUUUGAGGUCCUCCUUCGUGUGCCUCACAAACAGAGCCGGAUUUAGGUUUGAUGAGGCCCUAAACAACUGAAGGUAAUGGGACCCUUUAAAUGUCCAGCUGUCCUUUGUCAACAACAAAUUGUCGCUGUUUUUUGUGUGUUGAAUAUAUGCCAUAUGGUAAUUUAUGGACCUGAGAAGGAGGUGGGAUGUUUUAAAUAUAUUUCUUUCCCCCCCUUGGUUUUAAUGUCUUUAUGUGGGGAGUUUGGUUCCUAUGUUACUUUGGUUGUAUGUUACUUUGGGCUGCACUGGGCAAGAUAAAGCUACUAAGAAAUGUAAUAAAUCAUCAUAAUAAUAAUACUGUGUUUUAAUUUGUUGGAAGCUGCCCAUAGUGGUUGGGGUAACCCGAUCAGAUGGGCGGCAUAAUAAUAAUAAUAAUAAUAAUAAUAAUAAUAAUAUACUGUUAAAGAAGUCUCCUAGCAACAAACUACAGUCCCCAGAAUUCUUUGCAGUGCUAUGGUGCUGCUUUAAGUGCAGAUGGAGCACAGGGUUUUCAGAAAACCCCUUCCCCAGUUGGUAACAGGAUUCAGGGCUGGGGUCUAAAACUCUGGCUUGGGCAGGGAGUCUGUUCUUAAGGCACUUGCAAUGAGCUCUGCUGCAGCCUCGAUAUAAGGCAUGCCUCCCAAAUUUUCUCCCUUUUUCUCCAAGACAUAACACUGAAAAACCCUCUUGAUUCUUGCUCUAUAACGGAAACAUGUUUUUAGUUUUCAUUGGUUUCAGAACAUUUCAAACCGCAGCUGUUUCCGAAUUUCCAGAAUGUUGCAAUCUGCUUGCUUUUGUUUUGAAAUUGCACAGGGCAAGAAUUCGAUAAAUGAAUUCGAUAAAUACCGUAUUUUUCGCUCUAUAAGACGCACCAGACCACAAGAGUUUUUAGAGGAGGAAAACAAGAAAAAAAAUAUUCUGAAUCUCAGAAGCCAGAACAGCAAGAGGGAUCGCUGUGCAGUGAAAGCAGCAAUCCCUCUUGCUGUUCUGGCUUCUGGGAUAGCUGCGCAGCCUGCAUUCGCUCCAUAAGACGCACACACAUUUCCCCUUACUUUUUAGGAGGGAAAAAGUGAGUCUUAUAGAGCAAAAAAUACGGUACAUCGCAAGCGCCGAUGUCUCCGACUUGCUGCCAACCUCUUCCUUGAACUGAACUUUUGCUUCUUUCCCCUUCCGCCCAACCCCUGCUCUUCUAGCCCACAUUCUGAAUUCGUGCUUUGCACUGGUGCAAGCUGAGAACAUUAGAAUUCCCAUCGUCUUGGAUCCGUGGCGCCCAUCACUGGGAAAUGAUGUAACACUGGUCCCAGUCAGUAGCAUGGAGAGGGUCUCAUUCUGCGGCUGGUUCCGAGGGAAAAUAUCAGAGGCAAGUAAUAUUGUGACCUACCAACCUCAGCCAGUCUCCAUAUUCAAUAUCAGCUGGGCCUACACUGGGCGGGUGGACAUCAAUCCACAUUGCUCCCUACACAUCACUAAUUUAACCCUCCUGGACAGCGGCUACUACAUGCUACAAAAGAAAAAAGUUCUGCCGGACUCAUCCGAAGUGGGGAGGAUAUACCUGGCGGUCAAAGGUGAGUAUAUUUCUCGGUUUCUCAUUUUUCCAGUCUUAGGUGCAGUUCUUCACAUUUUUACACCAGUUUGCAAUUUAUUUAUUUUUUUAAAAAAGGUCAUCAUGACAAUUCAUCAGCAUUUGAAUGGAAACUCUCCAUGUAUAUAUAUAUAUAUAUAUAUAUAUAUAUAUAUAUAUAUGCAUGUAUGCAAUAGUGACUUUUUUUGCAAGGCAAUUUCCCUAAAUAUAGUGCGCGUCCGCAAAAUAUUUUCACCAACGUAUGUACUUUUAUGCACACUUUGACCUAGUACAGUGGUACCUUGGUUAACAAUCAUAAUCCGCUCCAGAGGUCCAGUUGUAAACCAAAACAGGUUGUAACCCAAGGCGCGCUUUCGCCAAUGGGGCCUCCCCCCCCAAAAAAUUGGUUGUAAUCCAAAAAAAGGGACACGCACUUCCGGGUUUGAUGUGGUUGUAAUCCAAAAUGGUUGUAACCCAAAGCUGUAGCAAACCAAGCUACCACUGUAUAGGUAUUUCUGUACAAAACCCUUGGCUAGUGAACUGCCGUGCAAAAUUCAGAGCAGCGCAUUUGCUGUGUUUCAGUUCUUGCCAGGGCCAGUCCAAGGCAUUUUGGCACCUGGGGUGAACCACAAAAUGGCGUCCCUUUUCCCUGCCAGGGAAGAAGGGGUGAACAUGAAGGAACAAGGGGGGAGUAAAGAUCUACAUCAGGACUGCUGCCCCUAUGGAUCCUGCCGCCUGAGGCAGUCUUCUCACCUUGCUUCAUGGAUGGUCCGGCCCUCAUACAGUGGUACCUCAGGUUAAGAAUUUAAUUCAUUCUGGUGGUCCAUUCUUAACCUGAAACUGUUCUUAACCUGAGGUACCACUUUAGCUAAUGGGGCCUCCUGCUGCUGCCAUGCGAUUUCUGUUCUCAUCCUGAGGUAAAGUUCUUAACCUGAGGUACUAUUUCUGGGUUAGCAGAGUCUGUAACCUGAAGCGUCUGUAAUCUGAUGCAUCUGUAACCUGAGGUACCCCUGUACUUGUAUUGUUUUGGAAAAUGUGAAAGAUGUGGGUUCACCUUUCCUUGUGAACUGAAUCAAUUUUCUCCCUCACCCUUACCUGUAACUGAUGCAGAGGACAGGGAUGCUCAGAGCUAAGGAAAAUAAACAACUAUCUGAUUUUUAGAAAACACCUAAAGGCAGCCCUGUUUAGGGAAGUUUUUAAUGUCUGAUGUUUUAUCGUGUUUUUAAUAUUCUGUUGGGAGCUGCCCAGAGUGGCUGAGGAGGCCCAGCCAGAUGGACAGAGUAUAAGUAAUAAAUUACCGCUGCUGCUGCUGCUGUUGCUGCUAUUACACUCAUACUUCGGAUCCCUAACACCUUGCGAGUCAAAUUUUUUGGCUCCCGAAUGCUUCAAACCUGGAAGUGAAUGUUCCGGUUUGCGAACGUUCUUUGGAACCCGAAUGUCCCACACAGCUUCUGUGGCUUCCGAUUGGCUGCAGGAGCUCCUGCAGCCAAUCGAAAGCCGCGCCUUGGUUUCCGAACGUUUUGGAAAUCAAAUGGGCUUCCGGAAUGGAUUCCGUUCGACUUCCGAGGUACCGCUUGUGGCGAUCACACAGGGUCCCUGGACGUUUGACGGUCUAUUGAUCCCUGUGCCACCACUGUGCUCGCUUCCCCGCUGCCACCAACCCGUUUCUCUCGGCUACACACUGAGUCCAGACAGUUGUUAACAUUAAACCAAAUAAACAAGUUUAUUUUAUAAGCAUUAACAAGUUUAUGGUUUCAGACAAUUUUUCUUGUCAGUUUCAUAACCUUAGUUUCUUUACCGGCCUAUACCUUCCUAAUACCUUCUGACUGAUUAUCUCAACUGUUUAACUGACUCCUCUUAACAGAUUCUCUCACUCCCUCAAAUCAAACUAGCCCAACCCACAGACUUAUCCUCCCUCUCCCUUCUCUAACUCCAGACUGACUUCUUAACAACUCUAACUCUAAUUCUAACUCCUCCCCUUGGGUUCCUAUUGGUUAUCAUUUUACACUUAGUUAACCCUUUCCUUAUGACCCGGUAUGAUGUCACACACCUAGGAGGGCAAACGCCACACCGCUGUACUAUUAUUCCUAUUAUAUGCACAUUUUUUUCUUGCUGUCUGCAUGUGGAGAUCUGGGAGGAAAAAAGAAGGUGCAUAUUCUACCUGCCAAAGUCACGGCGGGGCUUGUCGUCGGAUGUAUUUCGCUGUCCCUGUUCUUGGUAGGCGUCACUUCCUACUACACGUUGAGCAACUAUGCAAGGUAACGCUUGCUUGUUUUUGAUUUCAUUUUGGUUAAGUAUAAUAUAAGGCAGGUCUGGAACGAGAGGCUGCUUUACGGAUGAGCAGGCCAAUAGACAACCACACAGGAGAAUGAAAGCAACCAGCAAGACAGGCUGAAAAUGGAGCCUUUGCCCCAACCCAGAACAACCGGAGACUAUAUUUAACUCUAUAGUCCCCAGUUCCGAUGGGUGUUGUUUAUAUUCUUUGACCAAAAAGUGAAGGAGGUGUAUACAAUGUGCUGUCCAACCAUCUUAUGCCGGGACCCUACUGUGUAGGUUUUGCUCCUGUCUUAUUGGUGGCCCUUUCCUAAUAUUUCAUUUUUCCCGUAAUUUUUCGCAUCCAUGGCAUUGUACUUGCAUUGUAUUGUUUUAUUGAUUUAAUAUGCUGUGAUCCGCUUUGGGAUUUUUCUUUAAAAUAGAAAGCAGUAUAGAAAUUUUUAAAAAUAAAACAAAUAAUAAAUAAAUUGUAUUUCUGUGUUCUGUGGUAAGCUGCCUUUACUCUCAAAGGCGGCAUAGGGAUGUUUCAAAUAAUAUGAAAUAGAACCAGCUUCUCACUCCAGAAAUCGUUGUUCCUUUCCCUCUUUCCUUGGGUAGAAUUGAUCCUGAACAAGCCCAUUCAAUUCUGAUCUGAAGCAAAAGCCAGAAGUCCAGAAGCAUCUGGAGGGCCAAAGAUUCUGCACCCCUGCCUUAAAUCACAGAGGUUGGUAGUCACAGUUUCCUUCUGAGGGCCCAUUUCCACCACCAGAUGUCAACGAGAGCAUGGCGACUUCAGUUAAGGAAGCUGUGUGUACAGCAGGAGCGGGUUGGGGCUAGGCUUGGCCUUGAACUUGGGUGGAUGUGGCACCUAAUGGGUUGGAGAUUACCCUUCUAGUCCCAAGGGGAGUAGGAUACGGAUCCUUCUGGUUUCCCUUCUCUGAUUCAAGACAAGCUCUCUUUUAGAGGGGGGAAAAAGCAGAAGAGAUCAUCGUUCUCCAGUACAGCGGUGGCCUUUGGAGCAGCAACAGCCAACCCCACAGACUGUAUGAGUCACUGCCUUCCCCACCACAAGAGGAGGAGCUCCAUCUAUCUGGAAACCGUGAAUGAAAUUAUUGAGGACAGUCUGGCAGCUUCUUGAGCACCAACCCUUACAUCCAACUGGACCCCCAGAGGCAGAAAAUAACAUCAUAUAUACACCUGUGAAAUAAAAGCCUCCAGUGCCCGUUUAGUGACACCCA